AUGCAACAACUUCUCAACAACUGUGCGUUGCGGAAGAAUUAUGUAUCCACUCUGAAUAGCAUAAUUUUUUCGCCAAAAUUUUCAACUAAAGGAAUGAAUAACCCCUUCGAUAGACUCAUCACCAAACUAGAAGGCACAGAUAAGUAUUUUUACGACUACAAAGCAUUGCAAGACUCUAGGAUAAAUAAGUUACCCUUCUCCAUCAGAAUACUACUAGAAUCCGCAAUUAGGAAUUGUGAUGGAUUGGGCACGAGCCAGAGUGAUGUUGAAAAAAUUUUGUCUUGGUCUCCCAGUCAAUCAGUGCCUCAGGAAAUCCCUUUCACUCCGGCACGCGUUCUAUUGCAAGACUUUACUGGAGUUCCAGCCAUUGUAGAUCUGGCUUCUAUGCGUGAAUACAUCGCAACUACUGGAUCUGAUCCUAAAAAAAUAAAUCCACUGGUACCAGUGGAUCUAGUGAUUGACCAUUCAGUGCAAGUGGAUUACAGUCGUUCAGCAGAUUCUGUUAUUAAGAACCAAGAGAUGGAAAUGUAUAGGAACCAUGAGCGAUUUAAAUUCUUGAAAUGGGGAGCAAACGCGUUUAGAAACGUUAGAAUUGUACCGCCUGGAUCAGGCAUUGUACAUCAGAUAAAUCUUGAGUAUUUAGCUCGUUGUGUCUUUGACAACAAUGGCAUGCUUUAUCCAGAUUCACUCGUAGGUACUGACUCUCAUACUACUAUGAUAAAUGGACUUGGCGUUUUAGGUUGGGGCGUUGGCGGCAUUGAAGCUGAGGCUACUAUGCUAGGUCAGAGUAUUUCAAUGCUUUUGCCGGAUGUAGUAGGAUUUGAGCUCACUGGAGCACCCUCUCCUAAUGUAUUCGCCACAGAUAUCGUGUUGGCAAUAACUUCCAAAUUGCGGUCGGGUCUCGGUGUUGUUGGUAAGUUUGUUGAGUUUUGGGGGGAUGGACUUAAGCAUCUUUCGCUAGCAGACCGCACCACCAUUUCUAAUAUGGCCCCUGAAUAUGGUGCAACUAUUGGUUUCUUUCCCAUUGAUUCCAUCACACUUGACUAUAUGAAGCAAACUGGACGUAGCACAGAUAAUGUGGAUUUGAUUGAAAAAUAUGUUAAAUCUGCACUGUUAUUUUGCGAAGGCAUUGAAUCAUUCUCUGAAAUUAAAUACUCGAUCAACUACAAACUUAACUUGAGUGAACUAAAACCCAGUGUUGCUGGGCCUAAACGGCCACAUGACAAUAUCAUCCUGUCGCAGGUUAAAAAUGAUUUUCAGAUAUGUUUAACAUCUCCCCUUGGAUUCAAGGGUUACGCCUUGGACAAGAAAUCCAACCCUUCUAAACUGGAGUUAGAUGGCAAUACCUACGAGCUAGAUCACGGUUCGAUCGUUAUAGCGGCUAUCACCAGCUGCACCAACACUAGCAAUCCUAGUGUUAUGAUAGCAGCAGGACUGCUAGCUAAGAAUGCCUAUGAAAAGGGUCUCAAAGUCAAACCGUUUGUUAAAACUUCACUGUCACCAGGAUCAAAAACAGUGAAUGAAUAUUUACAAAUUAGUGGCCUCACUCCAUAUCUCGAGGGACUAGGUUUUCAUGUAACGGGCUAUGGGUGCAUGACUUGCAUUGGCAACAGCGGAGAUAUAGACCCCCGCAUUGCUAAGGUGAUAAGUGAGAACAAAUUAGUGGCAGUUUCGGUGCUAUCAGGCAAUAGGAAUUUUGAGGGCCGUAUCCACCCACUGACGCGAGCCAAUUUUUUGGCAUCACCUCCUCUUGUGGUUGCUUAUGCUUUAGCUGGUAAAAUUAACAUCGAUUUCGACACCGAGCCUAUUGGCUACUCUAGUGAUAAUAAACCGGUGUACCUGAGGGAUAUAAUGCCCAGAAAAGAGGAAAUUAGUGAGAUUGAGAAUAAGCACAUAAAGGCAGAUCUUUUCAACUCGAUUUACAAAAAUUUGUCCAGAGGCAGUACAUCUUGGCAGUCACUGGAUGUUCCUCAAUCCGAGCUUUAUCCUUGGGAUCCAGAUUCUACAUACAUCAAAAACCCGCCAUUUUUUGAUAACGUUUCUUACAUGAAAAAGAUUGAACCCAUAAGAGACGCAUCAAUAUUCCUAUGGUUGGGUGACAGCGUGACGACUGAUCACAUAUCUCCUGCGGGAAAUAUAUCUAAAACUUCGCCUGCAGCAAAAUACUUGGAAUCUCGCGGAAUUUCACCCCGAGAUUUCAAUUCUUACGGUUCCCGCCGUGGUAAUGAUGAAAUCAUGCGCCGUGGUACUUUUGCAAAUAUCCGUCUAAUCAACCAACUAUGCCCAUCAGAUGGCCCUAAAACUGUAUACCACCCAUCUGGCGAGGUCAUGAGUGUAUUCGAUGCUGCAGAAAAAUAUAAUCAGUCAAGCACUCCCUUGGUUAUAAUCGCCGGAAAGGAUUAUGGUUCGGGUAGCUCGAGAGACUGGGCAGCUAAGGGAACAGCACUGCUUGGAGUGAAAUGCAUCAUUGCGGAAUCUUUUGAACGCAUUCACAGGACAAACCUGGUUGGGAUGGGUAUAUUACCCCUGCAGUACCAAUCCAAAACCAGUUUGAAAAAUAUUAUUUGUCCCAGUACCGAGAAAUUGACAAUUGAAUUACCAGAAAAUAUUGUACCGGGGCAAAUGAUCAAAAUUACCACUUCUGGCGGCAAAUAUUUCCAAGCGAAAUGCCGCAUCGAUACGGCUCUAGAGGUUGAGUAUUAUAAAAGCGGAGGUAUACUGCAAUAUGUACUAAUGAAUAUGUCUAAGCAUGUAUAA